AUGUCUCGUGCUCAGAAUAUCGGUAUCAAGGCCAUUGAGGUCUAUUUCCCCAGCCAGUGCGUCGAUCAGAAGGAACUCGAAAAGUUCGAUGGCGUCAGCGAGGGAAAGUACACAAUUGGUCUGGGGCAAACCAAGAUGAGCUUCUGUGAUGACCGUGAGGACAUCUACUCGAUGGCCCUGACGACGCUCUCCUCCCUCCUGCGCAAGUACAACAUCGACCCCAAGUCGAUCGGCCGCCUCGAGGUCGGCACGGAGACCCUGCUGGACAAGUCCAAGUCGGUCAAGUCGGUGCUGAUGCAGCUGUUCACCCCCCACGGCAACAGCAAUAUCGAGGGUGUGGACAACGUCAACGCCUGCUACGGUGGCACCAACGCCGUCUUCAACAGCAUCAACUGGCUCGAGUCGUCGGCCUGGGACGGCCGGGACGCCGUGGUGGUCACUGGCGACAUUGCCCUCUACGCCAAGGGUGCUGCUCGUCCGACUGGCGGUGCGGGCUGUGUGGCCAUGCUCAUCGGCCCCGACGCCCCCAUCGUCUUCGAGCCGGGCCUGCGCGCCUCCUACAUGAGCCACGCCUACGACUUCUACAAGGCCGACCUCACCAGCGAGUACCCGCUCGUCGACGGCCACUUCUCGCUCAGAUGCUACACCGAGGCCGUGGACGCCUGCUACAAGGCCUACAACGCCCGUGAGAAGGUCCUCCGCGAGCAGAACGGCACCAACGGCGUGCUGCACGACGAGACCAAGACUGGCCUCGACCGCUUCGACUACUUCCUCUACCACGCCCCGAACUGCAAGCUCGUGCAGAAGUCGUUCGGCCGCAUGCUCUACAACGACUACCUGGCCGACCCGUCGCACCAGGCGUUCGCCGAGGUCCCCGCCGAGCUGCGCGACCUCGACUACACCCAGUCCCUGUCGGACAAGCCCCUCGAGAAGACCUUCAUGGGCCUGACCAAGAAGCGCUACAACGAGCGUGUCCGCCCCGGUCUGGAGGUUGCCACCAUGUGCGGCAACAUGUACACCGCCACCGUCUACGCCGGUCUGGCCGCUCUGCUGUGCCUGGUCCCCUUCGACCCCAGCGAGCCCAAGCGUAUCGGUCUCUUCAGCUACGGCAGUGGUCUGGCCAGCUCCAUGUUCAGCGCCAAGAUCGUCGGCGACGUCUCCCACAUGGUCAAGAACCUCGAUAUCCCUGCCCGUCUGGCUGCUCGCACCGUCCUGGAGCCCCAGGCUUACGAUGAUAUGUGCCUUCUCCGUGAACACGCCCACCUGAAGAAGAACUACACGCCCUCGGGUAACACGGAGACGCUGGUUGCCGGCACCUACUACCUCACCGAGGUGGACGAUAUGUUCCGCCGCAAGUACGAGGUCAAGGCAUAG